AUGGCUACGACGUCACAAAAAGUUCAUAUUGCUCAAGUGGGUGGAGUAUGGACAUAUAUUCCACCAAAUACAAUUGUUGAAACAUUACAACAAAUAUUACACGAAAACGGAAAUGAUAAAAUACGAGCUGCUGAUUUACAACAAAUAUUUGAUAAUUUUUAUAAUUCUUCAUUGGCCAAAUUAUCACCAACAAUUCAAAUGUAUUUUUCGUUUAGAUUUUUAAAACAAGAAUCAGCUGAAGAAAAACGUAUUGGGACAUUAACUAUUGUAAAAAAUUUAGACUUCUUAACGGUAAAUUAUCUUAAUGACUUUGCCAGAAUAAUUGAUAAUUAUGUCCCUGAUUGGAGUACUUGUGACUCUUUUAGUAAUAAAGUACUUGGACCAUUGGUUAAAAAAAGUGAUGAAUUUGCUCAUAGUGUUGCACAAUGGAAAGACUCAGGAAAAGUAUGGCGUAUGAGAGCAUGUUGUAUUGCUUUUGUUAAUUUGGCUAAAGUUGGAGCAAUGACAGAAUUAUCUUUUGAGAUAUGUGCUCAUUGUUUAAGAAGUAGUGAACGAUUUGUUCAAUUAGGAGUUGGAUGUUUGUUAAGAGAAAUGUCAUUAAUGUUUAGUGAAAAUGUAGUUGAGUUUAUUACUCAAAAUUUCAGGUAUUUUAGUAGAGAAGGAUUACGUUAUUCAAUUGAUAAAUUAAAUUGUGAUGUUCGUAAGAAAAUUUUAUCAUUAGGAAAAAGAAAAGGUGCCGCUACACUCCAACAAGAUAUAAAAGAUGAAGAAACCUUUAUGACUGAAAAUCAAAAUUCAAAAUAUUAA